AAUCUUGAUUCUCAGAUAAUUCAUUUAUUUACAUCAAUCACUCAUUUUUUCUGUGUAGAAGCGACCUGUAUAUUUACAUUCAACUUUGAAAUUAUCUCCAAGCAGACUGAGUCUGAAUUGAUUUCCAUCCACCAAAACAAGUACAGUUAAAGCAGGUUCGAAUGUAAUGAACAUAUUCAAUUCAUGCCUAUCUCAGAUUGAAGAAAAUCUAUAAAUCUUCCAUUCCAGGCCAACUGGAACACCAUGAACUUUCUGUCCAAGAAGAGAAGCUAGAUUAGAAAAAAAAUAUAACAAAAUGAUUCGUGUCAAUACAAAGCGCACUGUAUUUCCCAGAAUCCCAUCUGAAGCUGAACAGAUUGAAGUGUUACCCUUAGAAUUAGAAAUGCUCUUCUGCCACUAUAUUCAGCAAGGCCUCCUCUAUCAAAUCCCCCCUGCCGACUUUUCCUCUCAUGUAGAUCGUCUUGCUGAAACCCUUUCCCGUCUGCUCGUAAAAUUUUAUCCGUUGGCCGGUCGGUUAACAACCAGUCCUGUGGAUGGAGGUAUUUAUAUCCUCUGCAACGACUCCGGCGUAGAUUUCAUUGAAGCCGAGGCAGAAGACCUAAGUAUUGCUGAUCUGACCACAGCAGACGUGGCGCCGGCUGUCGAAGAACUAUUCGCUCUCUCAGGCGCCCUCAAUUUGGAAGGCCAUCACCUUCCUUUGCUUGCAGUCCAGGUAACUCGCCUGAAAGACGGAAUCGCAGUGUGUUGCACGGUCAGCCACUCCGUAGCCGACGGAAGUUCCUUCUGGCAUUUAUUCAACUCCUGGGCCCACCUCUGUCGUACGGACGGCAACAAAAUCCCCGCUAAUCCCGUUUACGACCGUUCAUUGCUAAACCUCGGCGGGCCCCCGGUUAAGCUUGGCUUCGACCCGGACGGUCACAUCCCAAGGUUUUGCCCGCCUCCACUUCGGAUUAAAAUCUUCCAUUUCAGCGCCAAAGCGAUCAGCCGCUUAAAGGAGCAGGUCAACCGGGGUUCACCAGUUACAAUCUCUUCCUUCCAGGCACUAUGCGGUCAUUUGUGGCGAGCAAUCACACGUGCCCGGGGUCUCGGCCCGGACGAGCAGACAAAUAUUUGGGUGUCCGUCAACUUGCGGUCACGGCUUCGUCCUCAGUUGCCAAGCUCAUACUUUGGCAGCGUUAUUCAGAACAUAUUCGCGACCGCUACGGCUAGAGAGCUUAGCAGUUUCCCCCUAUCCUUCCCUGCUGGUUUGUUGAACGGUAUAAUUAGUGGUCACAUGGACGAGGCUAUCAGGAAAAUGAUUGAUGAGUGGCGUAAGCAGCCAAUUGUGAUUACGCUGGAUCAGAUACAGAAAAAUUGUAUUGUAAUAGGGAACUCUCCGCGGUUUGAGAUGUAUGAGAAUGAUUUUGGGUGGGGACGGCCCGUGGCGGUUAGGAGUGGGAUGGCCAAUCAUUUUGACGGGAAGGUGUCGGUUCAUCCCAGUAGAGAAGGUGGAGGAAGUGUUGAAUUGGAGGUUUGCCUUCCUCCGGCGACUAUGAACAAAUUGGAAGAUGAUCCCGACUUUACUUCUGCUUGAUUAUUACUCUAAUCCACGUCAUUUCAUAUUUAUAAUAACUAGACAGGGAUCUGUAGUAAUUGAUAACCAACGAUUGUAUUAUUAGUUGUGCUUGUAAUAUUUUAUUCAGUUUAUCUGAAGUUAUUGUGCAGUAAGCUUUAUUUAGUUUUGAAGAUUUUAUUUCAAAAAAUAAAAAUUUAUGUAAUUGUUCUGUAUUAUUUUAAUUAAAGUUAUUUAUUAUGAUUA